CGAAGCGGAGCUCGUAUAAUUUUGCAAACUCACCAAAUCUGGACUUUCCUUCUCCCCCCUGCCCAGAUGCCCUAUUAUAGUUUUGCUUCUUUUCUUUCGGUAAAGAUAUCCCAUCGUAGCUUUCGUGUCUCGCUUCCUCUUUCUCUCGACCGUAGCAUAGUUACUGUAGCAGAUCACUCAAUCCAAAAUCACUCAAACCAUUGAAUUUAAUUUAGAUUUUUCAAUUAUUUUCGCACCGCGCCGAAACCUCAAUUCCCUUUCUUCCUGUCAGAAUUUUCUCAGACGCUAUACAGUAUACGCUUUUAAUCCGAACAAAAUCUCUAUUCCGCUCUCAAAUUUUAAUCCAAAAUCACUUAGUUUUUUUACUUUAUAACUCACGGAAAUAAAAUUUCAAGUUUUUUUUGGGGGGUUUUGUAUAUGUUUUCUUACAAAUGAGCCUGAAUACUCGUGCAUCUGGCUCAAUUUUCUUUGAAGCAAGAGUAUUUUCCGUAUUCUUUGUUCAAAUUACAGCCUUCGAAAUCGCCAUUAAAUUGCAACGUAUCUUUGCUUUUCUACAUUCUCUGAUACUGAAAUUUUCCGGCAAGGAAUAACUAUUUCCUGAAUAAUUUUUCGAUGCUCAUUUAACCGAUUCUUCUAGCUCCUCAGGAAAGAAAUAACCGAUUUGCCGAUAAGAGUAAAGGAAAUCUUUCCUUUUUUUUUCCGUUGCGUGUGCGUUAUCUUGAAGUUGAGUCUGUUUUCUUAUUCCAGAUUUUAGAGGAAUAAUGUCAUAAAUACAUUUAAAGCUUUCUAUCCUAAAAAAAAAUUCCAAUCAUUUAUUCUCAUAUUAAACUCUCAUUGAAGAAUACCAAGAAGAAGAACCAACCAUUGGAGAUUCAUUUAUUGCUUUCCUUGUUUCUGACCUCGUCUGCAAGCUGAAUCCUCACCGAUCAGUACGAAAAUGAAGUCAUGCAAAACCAGAACCAAUAUCUUCGCUAUAUGCAUUGUCUUGCUAACAUGCGCGCCCUGGAUUGUUUACUCGGUGCCGGAGAAGUUCCUUCUGGUGAACAUGACCUUCGUUCCAAACGCGAAAGCUCAAGGCGCAGUUUGUCUGGACGGAAGUUUGCCUGCAUAUCAUCUUCACAGAGGAUUCGGUUCUGGGGCACGUAACUGGCUUUUACAAUUCGAGGGUGGCGGGUGGUGUAAUGAUGUAGAAUCAUGCUUAGAGCGAGCCAGAAGUCGACGAGGAUCUACCAAGUACAUGAAUAGGUGGGCAGUCUUCUCCGGUAUCCUGAGCAACAACGCGUCCUUAAAUCCGGAUUUCUACAAUUGGAAUCGCGUAAAGAUUCGUUACUGCGACGGGGCCUCGUUUGCUGGGGACUCCAAGUUCGACAACGGGACGGUAUCACUUUAUUUUAGGGGGCAAAGAAUCUGGCGUGCCAUCAUUCUUGAUCUUCUCCCUAAAGGGUUGAAUCGCGCAGAUAAGGCUCUGCUAUCUGGUUGCUCAGCUGGGGGUCUAGCAGCCUUCUUACAUUGUGACAAUUUCACUCAGCUUCUGCCAAGUAACACAAGUGUGAAAUGCCUGAGUGAUGCUGGAUUCUUUCUUGAUGCGGAAGGCAUAAGUUUGAACCGCACUAUGAGGUCAUUUUUUGAUAAGCUUGUUGUUCUACAGGGAGCGGAACAAAAUCUAGAUGCAAACUGCACCAGUUCUCAUUAUUAUCCAAAUCAAUGUUUCUUUCCUCAAUACACAUUGGCAUACAUCAAAACACCAUUUUUUAUUUUAAAUUCAGCAUACGAUGUGUUUCAAUUUCAUCAUAUAUUGGUCCCACCUUCUGCUGAUUUACGAGGGCAUUGGAACCGAUGCAAACUGAAUCCAGCAUCAUGUAAUCAAAACCAGAUUUCCAUCUUGCAAGGAUUCAGAGGUGAAAUGCUUGCAGCUUUGAGAUUCUUUCUUAAAUACUCGAGAACAGGAGGGACAUUUAUAAACUCAUGUUUCGCUCAUUGCCAGAGUGAAUCACAAGAUACAUGGUUUGCUGCUGAAUCUCCAAGGAUGCACAAUAAGACAAUUGCAGAGGCAGUUGGUGACUGGUACUUUGAACGAAAGGUCACCAAGGAGAUCGAUUGCCCAUAUCCUUGUGAUACUAGUUGCCAUAAUCUAAUACCAUAGAUUCAGCCUUCAGGCCAUUAUUGUUUCAUUAACAGUGGUCUAUUUGUAUAUCAAUCUAAUAAAUGAUUCUGAAAUUGUUUACUAGUCUUGUAUGUUGUUAGGAACUAGGAUUAUAAUUGAUUGACCAAAACAACACCCAGAAGCACAUGCCAAAGAGGUUUUGCCAUCAUAAACAUCAAAUAUUGCAAGUCUCAAAGAAAAUUAAGAUAGAAAAAUCA